CGGGGGCGGGCGGCUGCAGCGCCCCCGCACGCCCCGCGCCUCGCACAUUCGCCCCGGCCGCUCGCGCGCAGCCCGGCGUCGCCCCGCGCCGCGCUCGCUCCUCCCUCCUUCCCGGGGCUCGGUGGCUCCCGCGCUCCCGGCGAGGCUCCGGCGCCAAGCGCGCGGACGGGCGCACGACAGACGGCCUCGGGAAGCCUCGGCCCGCGCCUCCAGGGCGGGCUAUGUGGAUUGCCCCGCCAAGGCCGGCCCGCGGGAUCAGCCCGGCCCGGCCCGCGGCCCCGGCGGCCAGCGGGGACUAUGAACCGGAAAGCGCGGCGCUGCCUGGGCCACUUCUUUCUCAGCCUGGGCAUGGUCUACCUCCGGAUCGGCGGCUUCUCCUCGGUGGUAGCUCUGGGCGCAAGCAUCAUCUGUAACAAGAUCCCAGGCCUGGCCCCCAGACAGCGGGCGAUCUGCCAGAGCCGGCCCGACGCCAUCAUCGUCAUAGGAGAAGGCUCGCAAAUGGGCCUGGACGAGUGUCAGUUUCAAUUCCGCAACGGCCGCUGGAACUGCUCGGCACUGGGGGAGCGCACCGUCUUCGGCAAGGAGCUCAAAGUGGGGAGCCGGGAGGCUGCCUUCACCUACGCCAUCAUCGCCGCGGGCGUGGCCCAUGCCAUCACAGCAGCCUGCACCCAGGGCAACCUGAGCGACUGCGGCUGCGACAAGGAGAAGCAGGGCCAGUACCACCGGGACGAGGGCUGGAAGUGGGGUGGCUGCUCUGCCGACAUCCGCUAUGGCAUCGGCUUCGCCAAGGUCUUUGUGGACGCCCGGGAGAUCAAGCAGAACGCCCGGACUCUCAUGAACUUACACAAUAACGAGGCAGGCCGGAAGAUCCUGGAGGAGAACAUGAAGCUGGAGUGCAAGUGCCACGGCGUGUCGGGCUCCUGCACCACCAAGACCUGCUGGACCACGCUGCCGCAGUUCCGCGAGCUGGGCUACGUGCUCAAGGACAAGUACAACGAGGCAGUCCACGUGGAGCCGGUGCGCGCCAGCCGCAACAAGCGGCCCACCUUCCUCAAGAUCAAGAAGCCGCUGUCCUACCGCAAGCCCAUGGACACCGACCUGGUGUACAUCGAGAAGUCGCCCAACUACUGCGAGGAGGACCCGGCGACGGGCAGCGUGGGCACGCAGGGCCGCGCCUGCAACAAGACGGCGCCCCAGGCCAGCGGCUGCGACCUCAUGUGCUGCGGCCGCGGCUACAACACCCACCAGUACGCCCGCGCGUGGCAGUGCAGCUGCAGGUUCCACUGGUGCUGCUACGUCAAGUGCAACACUUGCAGCGAGCGCACCGAGGUCUACACGUGCAAGUGAGC